CUCAAGACUUGGUACAGGCUAAAAAAUCAUGAACGCUUGUGGUAUUUUCUUGGUAUGUUUGGUGGGCUGUGUUUUGUCAAAGCCAGAGGAUAAAAAAUACACAACCAAAUAUGACAACGUUGAUAUUGAUACAAUUCUGAAGAGUGAAAGAUUAUUGAAGAACUAUGUGCAUUGUUUAUUGGAAAAAGGAAAUUGUACACCAGAUGGGGCAGAAUUGAAGAAACAUUUGCCUGAUGCACUUCUCACAGACUGUUCAAAAUGCAGCGAUGUUCAGAAGAACGGUAGCAAGAAGAUCAUAAGAUAUCUCAUCGAUAACAAGCCUGAAUGGUACAAGGAGCUUGAGGCCAAAUAUGACCCAGAAGGAAGCUACAAAGCGAAGUACGACAAAGAACUCAAAGAAAAAUCAGCCUAGUAAUGAAACAAAAUAGCUUCUCUUCUGUAUCACUUAUGUUCGUUCCGGAGUGAUUACACAUUUAGAUGAAAUUAGGCGUACGUUAUUAUUUUAUACAUAUUAUAUUUUUUGUUUGGUAC